UAUCUCGCGUGAAAAUACAUUUUGAAUUAUUAUUUUUAUUAUUUAUUAUUUAGUUGACAAUACGACAAUAAAAAAAUACCCCAGAUGGACUAUUUUUAUUGGUCUCAUUACGAGUAGAAAAUUGGACAGUUAACCAACAAUAAGUGAAAUUCGACGUCAAUUCUCCGAAAACUGACUCGUGUCACGACGUUUGGCGAUGUCUCCUUAUCAUAAUUAAUGAUGGAACAUUCACCAGAGGAUGUGUCUUCGGAUUCUGAAGAGGAUCACAAAAAACGCCCCGAGUCCGAGGAUUUCGAUGAUAAAGUCUCCCCCGACAAAUUUAUUCUCAGUCAAUCCUCUGAUACUUAUUUCUACGAUGAAGAAGAGAGGCCAAAAGGUCAAGCACACACGUCAGAUGAACAAGAAGAGGGAAUUUUUGCCUUCUCAUUGUCAUCAGGAAAAUCUCUAUCAACAGAAAGUGAAGAGGAAUUCUCAGACAAGUUUGAUUUAUACUCAGACGUCGAUGUAGAAGGGAAACCCUUUCCAGAAGAAUUAGUAACGACUCUACAACGAGAGGAAGACGACAGACAAUUGUCAAUCAUUGAAGCUAGACUGUUUACUAUUUCUCGAUUGAAAGAAUUAUUGGAGGAACGGAGAUCCCUGAAACUGAAGAACAACUUGCUGCACAAAAAGUGCAAGGAUUACUUGGGAAGAUACAAAAUCAUGAGUUACUUUGAGAAACCCUCGGGUGCAUCGAUUUACGAUGAUAAAAAGUAUGAAGAUACUUUGGAUACUUUUAAAAGAAUACAAUCAGACACACAAAUUUCUGAACGACAUUGUCGAAACGAACUCAGGGAAUUGGAGGAGAAAUAUCAGGAUAAACUAUUCAUCUUCGAAGAGAUCAAGCAGAAAUUCUUCCUGCAACAAUCAGAACUGUCCGAGUCUCUGGAAGGAAAAUUUCCCCCAAAGAAAAUUCAGUUCUUGAUGAGGAGGCAGGAGAAGAGGAUAAAAAACCUGGUAAAAAUCAGAGUUGCGUUUUUCAAGCUCAAGAAUUCAUUGGACAGAAUUAAUCAUGAAUGCGAUCGGAUGAAUGAUUAUGGCGAUGGUCGAACUGUCAAUGUCUACACGAAUCUUUUGGCUACGAAAAACAGUCUGGGGGAGAGGCUAGAUGAACGUGAAGAGGAAGUUGGGAGGAUUCGAAAGCAACUAUGGACGAUGGGACCAAUUUUAGCUCAUGUGAAAGAAACCUCUCGUGGUCUAUCUCUUGAAAUUGAUGAAUAUCUAUCGAAAUUGAAAGAAAUGGCGGGGAUUGCUGACCAAAGUAGAACGCUCGUAGUUAAAUGGAGGAGAAAGAAGGACUUAGUGAGAAAGAAAUUUUCGAAAUUGUAUCAAACAGCGUUUCUUCUUGUAAAUCCGAAGUUAUCAAAAUUUUUGUUGGAUUCUGCAGAAGAGCACGAGUUCUUGAAAGAAGAAAUUAAAAGUAUGAAACUAUUAGAGACAAAUCAUAAAUCAUGAGUUCAUGAAAAUAUAAUCAUGGUAAUCAUCUUAUUCGAAAAUUCUCUAAACAGAAAAUCUUGUUUUCAUAUUUUUAUUGAAUUAAAAAAUAAACUACGUAAAUGGGCUCAGUAA